CACAAGGCACAUCACUGCGGCUCCUAUACACAUAUAUAUCCUCGCGGCGGCCGUGCCUGUAUGUGCACGCACGGGAAACUACUUCCCCAACUGUGAAUUGUGGCAACAAGAAAGAAUUCGGGACUCGAUGGGCCAAGGAGCUGCCAAGGCCAAGCAAGGGGGUGAGGAUGCAGCGCAGAAGACCCCCGAGAAGGAGGACGCGAAGAAAGCGCAGAAAUCCAGCGACGCAAACGCGCUCAUCGAAUUCAUGAAGAAGAACUACGACGCCAAAGUGAAGAAUGUGACGGAGUUCGAUGAGUUCUACCACGCCAUUUACGAUCUUAUCGAAAAAUUUUGCGAGCAGCGUGGGCAGUUGCAGUACAGGAUACCAUCAAAAGACGACCUCAAGAAAAAGUACCAGGAUUUCCACAGGGCAAGGGGGAACGUGACCGCAGAGGAAUUUGAGAAAAUCGCCAGGGAAAUUCUCAAGAUAGACAGCUUCACCUUCGGCAAGGCUGCCAUCGAUAUGCUCGUCAUCCUCUUUGGCGCGCCGGUGUGCGCGCUCCUCGCCAAGAGGGUCGUCCCAGGCCUCAAGGCGAUCUCCGACGACAUCGUCAUCCCGGCGGCCACCUCCGGAGCCGUCGUGUACCUCGUCAAGUCCAACAAGAUCUAAUGUAAUGCGACAGGCAGACCCCUUGGGUGAAAUUGUGUAUUGUAUAUUCAAAAUUCACUUUCCAGGAAGCAACAGGGUGGUACAUGUAUUUUACCGGAAUAAAUGCCAAUGUGUUGUGACCUGCUAGGCUUAAAAAAUAGUACUGUUGGCUGAUUUCUCGUAGAUCAUGCCAUUAGUACUCUUGGUUUGAUUGAUAAGCCAUAGCAAAAAGUACCGUUGGCUGAUUUCUUGUGAGAAAAAAACACUGCUGAAUGACCGACAUGAUUCGCCUGAUAAGCUCAAGCGAAUAGGCUGUUUGUUUGGUCCGUGAGAAUUAUAAUGGCUGAGUGGACUAAAGCGGCGGAUUGCUAAUCCGUUGUACAAUUUUUUUUGUACCGAGGAUUCGGAUCCCUCUCUUUCCGCCCCUCGGAUCAUUUGGGACUUUCAAAUUGUAAUGAAUUCUGACCCCCGGAUUUUCUCAUAAAUAAAUGUACGAAAUAAAUUCAAUUUUAAUUUAAAAGAAAAAAUUCCCAAAAAUUUUGGAUUUUUACUCCUCACGCCCAAGAUUACGUCCUGGGUCAUUAGGUAAGAAU